AUGUCGAAGUCCACCGUAACUCUUCCCUCUGGCAAAGAAAUGCCUCUUGUAGGCUUCGGUCUGUGGAAGGUUCCCAAAGAAACUGCGGCUUACACUGUCUAUAACGCAAUCAAAUCCGGAUACAGGCUCUUUGAUGGCGCAUACGACUAUCAGAAUGAGAAGGAAGCCGGCGAGGGUAUCCGUCGUGCUAUUGCCGAUGGCUUGGUUACUCGUGAAGAGAUAUUCAUCACAACAAAGCUCUGGAACAACUAUCACCGUCGAGGCCACGUACUGGAGAUGGCCAGGAGACAGAAUGAGUCGUGGGGACUUGGCUACAUUGACCUCUUCCUCAUGCAUUUCCCGUGCGCGUUGAAGUAUAUCGAUCCUGCAAUUCGCCAAUACCCGGCAUGGUGGAUGGAUGAUGCCGGCACAGUUCAAACCGAUAAGGUCCCUAUUCGCGAGACAUGGGAAGCCAUGGAAGAGGUCGUCGACAACGGCAUUGCCCGCAGCAUUGGUGUUAGCAACUUCCAGGCCCAGUCAAUUUACGACAUUUUGACCUAUGCUCGACACCCACUCUCAUCGCUGCAAAUUGAGCACCACCCAUAUUUGGUUCAGUCUGAGCUCGUUAAGGUAGCACAAGAGAAUCGGAUUGCCGUCACUGCGUACUCCAGUUUCGGGCCCCAGUCUUUUGUUGAGCUGCCGGCUCAAUUCUCUGCAAAAGCCAAGGAUAUUCAACUGCUGUUUGAUACCGAGUGUGUCAGAGUCAUUGCAAAGAAGUACAAUGUGACACCUGCCCAGGUGCUUCUGCGCUGGGCCACUCAACGAAAUGUUGCAGUCAUUCCCAAGUCAAACAAUCAAGCCCGACUUGCUGAAAAUCUGGAUAUUCUUGGCUUCGAUAUGACUUCUGAGGAAAUUGGAUCUAUCUCUGCCCUGGAUAAAGGAUUGCGCUUCAAUGACCCUGGGUAUUACCUACCAAACCACCAAAUUCGAAUCUUUGCUUAA